AUGUCUUCUAUCUAUAAGGCCCUCGCAGGAAAAAGUAAAGAUAAUAAAUCUGAAAAGAAGCAAGGCAAUGUCAAGCAGUUUAUGAACAAGCAAAGAACUCUUCUGAUUUCGAGUAGAGGUGUCAACUACAGACAUCGCCAUUUAAUUCAAGAUUUGAGCGGAUUAUUGCCUCAUUCCAGAAAAGAGCCCAAAUUGGAUACUAAAAAGGAUCUUCAACAGUUAAACGAAAUCGCUGAGUUGUAUAACUGUAAUAAUGUUCUAUUCUUCGAGGCCAGAAAACAUCAAGACUUGUAUCUAUGGUUAUCCAAGCCACCAAAUGGACCAACUAUAAAAUUUUACAUUCAGAACUUGCAUACCAUGGAUGAAUUGAAUUUUACAGGUAACUGUUUAAAGGGUUCUCGUCCAGUAUUGUCCUUUGACCAACGUUUCGAAUCUUCGCCACACUAUCAAUUGAUUAAGGAGUUGCUAGUGCAUAACUUUGGUGUACCACCAAAUGCUAGAAAAUCCAAGCCAUUUAUCGAUCACGUUAUGUCCUUCAGUAUCGUAGAUGAUAAGAUAUGGGUGAGGACAUACGAGAUCUCACACAGUACUAAGAACAAAGACGAAUAUGAAGAUGGCGAAGAAGACAUAUCAUUGGUGGAAAUUGGCCCUAGAUUCGUUAUGACUGUCAUUUUGAUUCUAGAAGGUUCAUUUGGAGGUCCAAAGAUCUAUGAAAAUAAACAGUAUGUUUCACCAAACGUCGUAAGAGCUCAAAUUAAGCAGCAAGCUGCUGCAGAGGCAAAAUCUAGAGCAGAAGCUGCUGUGGAGAGAAAGAUUAAGAGAAGAGAGAAUGUUCUUGCCGCAGAUCCCUUGUCAAAUGAUGCCUUGUUUAAAUAA